GCCGUUGUCCGGUGGGGCCCGCGAAAAGUGUAUGAUGCUCAGUGGAGGCUUCAUUUACAGUGCCACCCCGCAAUUAUCAGUAUUUACGAUUCACACCCAUUUCCUCUUUUCUUCUCUCCCAUAAAUAAACCCCCGGGUCCCCUCAUCCGCCUCACUUGCCUUCCCAGUUCCCCCACUCACACUUACGCGGCGGCAGAUCAAUCACACGCAUAAACUAUUCUUCAAAUCCUCCCUUCAUUACCAUUUCUCCGUUCUCAGCUAAUUAAGUAGUGUGUUUGAGUGGUAAUUUCGUGAUAAGUGGUGUAGAAAUGGUGAAGGGAGUGGAAACGGCAGAACAGGGGGAGUUCUCGGCGAAGGACUACCACGAUCCUCCGCCGGCGCCGCUGAUUGACUGGGUGGAGCUGGGGAAGUGGUCCUUCUACAGGGCUCUCAUAGCGGAGUUCAUCGCCACGCUGCUCUUCCUGUACAUAACGGUGCUAACGGUGAUCGGGUACAAAAGCCAGACAGACCCCGCCCUCAACACCGACCAGUGCGACGGCGUCGGCAUUCUCGGCAUUGCCUGGGCUUUCGGCGGCAUGAUCUUCGUUCUCGUCUACUGCACCGCUGGUAUCUCUGGAGGUCACAUAAAUCCGGCGGUGACGUUCGGGCUAUUCCUGGCGAGGAAAGUGUCGCUGGUGAGGGCGGUGAUGUACAUGGUGGCGCAGUGCCUGGGCGCCAUCUGCGGUGUGGGGCUGGUGAAGGCCUUCCAGAAGGCUUACUACAACAGGUACGGCGGCGGCGCCAACGAGCUCAACGACGGCUAUAGCACCGGCGUCGGCCUCGCGGCCGAGAUCAUCGGCACCUUCGUCCUGGUCUACACCGUCUUCUCCGCCACCGAUCCCAAGCGCAGCGCCCGCGAUUCCCACGUUCCUGUACUGGCGCCGCUGCCAAUUGGGUUUGCGGUGUUCAUGGUGCAUCUAGCCACCAUCCCGAUCACCGGCACGGGCAUCAACCCCGCCCGGAGUCUCGGCGCUGCUGUUAUCUACAAUAAGGACAAGGCCUGGGAUGACCAAUGGAUAUUCUGGGUCGGACCCUUCAUCGGAGCGGCGAUAGCGGCGUUCUACCACCAGUUCAUAUUGAGAGCGGGCGCGGUUAAAGCUCUUGGUUCCUUCAGGAGCAAUCCCCACGUCUGAGUCGUCUCACCAAUCCCCAAUCCUCUCGUUCUUCCAUUAUUGUACCCCACCACUCGCUUCUGGCUUCCAUUUUGUCUACCUCCAUAGGAACAGAUCCCCAGUGCAUGCAAAAUUAAUAAAUUAACUCAUGUACCCAUUCUGCUUUUGUCUUUUCAAUUACUACCAUAUAUAUAUAUAUAUAUAUAUAUGCAUGGAAUUGUAGAUACGUUCUGUUUCUGUAAGAGGCCAGUCCAUCGGCAUGUUUUCCC